AUGGCUACAGCGUAUUCAGGACCUAUAAAGCCUGAAAAUAUUUCUGCAGCUACUCUUAGAUUGGUGAACAAUAACUGGGAAUGUUUGGAGUCAAAUAAACUAAGUGAGCAAAGGCAAAGAGGAACAAAACAGGCACCUAAUGUUCUUGUGGAUAAGCCACCUGUAAUACAUGGUCAUGAGUCCUGCGUGGCACAGGGUCUGUGUUUGAUUAUCUUGUAUGUGGUGGUGGUGGAAGUUAACAGCAAUUUUCAAGUCCAGGUAAGAGAUUAUAACAGCAAAAAUGGUACCAUCAAAUGGCAUUCCGUCAGAAGGCAUAAACGUGAAUGGAUUAAAUUUGCUGCAGCGUGUAGAGAAGGAGAAGAUAACUCAAAGAGAAAUCCCAUUGCCAAAAUUAACUCAGAUUGUUCUGUGAACCAGCAAAUUACAUACCGCAUCUCUGGAGUGGGAAUUGAUCAGCCCCCAUAUGGAGUCUUUAUUGUGAAUCCAAAAACGGGGGACAUUAAUAUAACCUCCAUAGUCGAUCGAGAGCUGACCCCAUUUUUCACGAUCUAUUGUCGAGCACUGAAUUCCAGGGGUGAGGAUGUAGAGAGGCCCCUUGAGCUGAGAGUCAGAGUUCUCGAUAUAAACGACAACGCUCCGAUAUUCUCCCAAACUGAAUUUGUGGGAGGCAUUGAGGAAAACAGCCAGCCGAACACCUUGGUAAUGAUAUUAAAUGCUACCGAUGCGGAUGAACCGAACAACUUGAAUUCUAAAAUUGCCUUCAAAAUAAUCUCUCAAGAGCCUGCAGGCGCACCAAUGUUCAUUUUAAACAGACACACUGGAGAACUUCGAACAAUGAGCAGUUCCCUGGAUCGAGAGCAACAAAGCAGCUAUAGCCUUGUCGUACAAGGUGCAGAUCGGGACGGUGCUUCCGACGGACAAUCAUCCCAGUGUGAUUGCAGGAUUAAAAUUAUAGACGUCAAUGAUAAUUUUCCCUACCUUGAGCAGUCUUCUUAUACUGCCAGCAUUGAAGAGAACACUCUGAAUUCUGAAUUGCUUCGGUUUCGAGCAAUUGAUCUAGAUGAAGAAUUCUCAGAUAACUGGCUGGCGCAGUUUUUCUUUGUUUCGGGAAAUGCCGGAAACUGGUUUGAAAUUGUAACCGAUUCAAGAACUAAUGAGGGAAUUCUGCGGGUUAUUAAGCCACUUAAUUACGAAGAUGCUCAAAGUAUGGUACUUAGCAUUGGGGUUAAAAAUGUAGCUGAAUUUCACCAGUCAGUUAUAUCCCAAUAUCGAAUCCAAGCAAGCGCCAUCACCGUCAGUGUCAUAAAUGUGCUCGAAGGACCAGUAUUUACUCCAGCUUCUAAGACAUUUAUUCUCCAAAGAGGGAUGGGACCCAAUUCUCUAAUUGGAAGCUAUCAAGCCACAGACCUGGACACAGGAAGACCUUCUACAACAGUCAGAUACGUGAUGGGAAGUAAUCCAGGCGAUUUACUUACAGUUAACUCAAGGACCGCUGAAAUUAUCUUAAAGCGUCAAGUCACUCGGGAAAUCUAUUCACAGGUCAAUGGACGCUAUGUGGGAACCAUUCUAUCAAUCGACGAUGCUGCUCAAAGAACAUGCACUGGUACCAUCGUUCUAGAUUUGAAUGGUGGUUUUGACCCUAAUGUGCCUGAUACUACCAGUGGACCUAGAGAUGGGGGAAGUGGUGGAGCAGACUUUGGGGGGCUUGUAACUCCAGGUCCUGGUGGCUCUACUGAUUCCACUUUUCAAAGCAGCAGCACCACAUGGAAUUCUUUUCCGGGAGAACCUGGUUCUGACCAUACUUCUGGGGGAAGAGAAAACGGAAACGGAAAAGCGUAUUUCGGUCCUGCUGGCAUUGGACUUCUCAUUUUGGGCUUCUUGAUGUUGUUAUUGGUUCCCUUCUUGCUGUUGGCAUGUGACUGUGGAGGGCCGAGUGCUGUCGGAGGAGGCUUUCAGCCUGUGCCAGAAUGCACCCCCGAAGGGGCGAUUCAUUCCUGGGCUGUAGAAGGACCGCAGCCGGAAGACAGGGAUAUGACCAACAUUUGUGUUCCAAUGACCACCACUAACGAAGGGAUGGACACUUGUGUCAGCAACACAGGAGUGUAUACCAAUGAGUAUGGAGGAAGAGAAGUAAGAGACAUCGGAGGUGGAGGAAUAGGAGGAGGAGCUUCUGGCCUUGAAAUAACAACUGGCGUUAAAACAUCUGUGGUUCCUGAAGUGUGUCCUGGCCACUCUGGAACUCUAAGAAGAAAUUCCAUGAUGGAAUACAGAGAAGGGGGUGUGAAUUCAAAUUUUGUGAAGAACUAUUUCUGCCAGAAAGCAUUUGCUUAUGCAGAUGAAGACGAAGGCCGGCCCUCCAAUGACUGCUUGCUCAUCUAUGAUAUCGAAGGGGUAGGUUCUUCCGCCGGCUCCAUUGGCUGUUGCAGUUUCAUUGGAGAAGAUUUGGACGACAGCUUCCUGGACAACCUAGGGCCCAAGUUUAAGAGAUUAGCCGAUAUCAGCAUGGGAAAGGAAGUUGAAUUGUUUACAGAGACCGAGCACCAGUGGACCACGGAGAGCACUGAGCAGAGCUAUCCUCCCCAAGGAACGGACGUUUUGGUCAACGGAUGUCCCCCGGUGCCUCCGCCCUUUGGGACCACGACGGUGGUUUCGGAGACCACCUAUCCCUCGGGGCCCGGGGUUCAGUCCGCUACCCCUAUCCCUGAUCCUCUGGGCUACGGUAACGUUAUGGUGACUGAGUCUUACACCACCUCGGGCAUGACUCUGCAGCCCUCUGCCCACGUUCACGACCCCAGGCACGGCUCGAACGUCGUGGUGACAGAGAGAGUGCUGGGUCCCAUGUCUGGCUCUGAUUUCCACGGCAUGUUAGACGCCAACCUCAGGGAUAGCUCCAACGUCAUAGUGACAGAGAGGAUCAUUGCCCCCAACUCAAGGCUCCCUAACACCCUGACUCUCCCUGACCCUAGAGAUUCUUCUAACGUGGUGGUGACGGAGAGGGUUAUCAGACCCUCUUCGGGCUUAGUGGGCAACAUAAGUAUUCACCCUGAGUUGUCCAGCGCCCAUAACGUGAUCGUGACCGAGAGAGUCGUUUCGGGGGCCGGCACCACCGGUGGGGGCCUGGGGGCUGGGAGUCUGCUCGACACCAGCAUGAGCGGGGGUGGCUUGAGUAGCGGCAGUAUGGUGGGCGCCAACCUAGGCGGGGCUGGCGUGAGUGGCGGCAUGAGCGGGGGUGGUUUUGGCUUGAGCGGAGGUGGAGGAGGCCUAAGCAGUGGUACUCUUGGAAUGAGCGGCGUGGGAGCGGGCAUGAGUGGCAGCGCUACCAUUGGCCAUAUGAGGAGCUCCGAUCACUUUAACCAGACGAUCGGGUCCGCCUCCCCUAGCGCAUCUCGAAGUCGGGUCACCAAGUACAGCACGUUACAAUAUUCUAAAUAA